AUGGGCCAGCAGAUCUCAGGUCAGGCGGCCCGUCUCCCUGAGAAGCUGCUCAAACAUGCCAGCCUGGUGCGGGACAGCGGCUACCUCACCUAUGAGGAGUUUUUGGCCAGAGUCGCCGAGCUCAAUGACUUAGCUGCUAAACUGGCAUCAGGGCAGCACAAACACCUUUUAUUUGAGGUCCAACCGGGAUCGGACGCAACCGCCUUGUGGAAAGUGGCCGUUAGGAUCGUUUGCACCAAGAUCAACAAGGACAACGGCACAGUGGAGGCAUCGCGCAUAAUGAACCUGUAUCAGUUCAUCCAGCUGUACCGCGACAUGACUAGCCAGGCCUCUGGCGUGCUGGCGGCCGAGGGCGCCACCGCCCCUGAGGCUUCUUGCGCGCCACCUGUUGACGCCGAUGCCUGCCAGGCCAGCAUGUGGAUGGGCAGAGUCAAAGAGCUGACGGACGACGAGGAAUGUUGCAUCUGUAUGGACGGGAAGGCCGACCUGAUUCUACCGUGCACUCACAGUUUCUGCCAGAAGUGCAUCGACAAAUGGAGUCGCAACUGCCCCAUGUGCCGGCUGCAGGUGACCGCCGCCAAUGACUCGUGGGUGAUGUCCGACUUCCCCACUGAGAACGACAUGGCGGGAUACAUCCUCAAUAUGGCUGAUGAAGCGGGACACCCGCAUCGGCCUUGA